UCUCGCCGCCUUUGAUCACCCCUCUCUAUAUAUACAUACAUUCUCCGACCACCUUUUCGCUUACAAAACCCCUUCAUCCUCACACCCCUUUAAUUCAUCCCAAAAAUGGCCAAAUUGUUUCUAUCCAUCUCUCUCCUCAUACUAGCAAUCUCACAAUCCUUAUUCCAAGGAGUAAAGUCAUCAGCCUCGUUUACAUUCAUAAACAAAUGCGACCAAACAAUCUGGCCAGGAAUAUUAUCCAACGCGGGUAUCGCCGCGCUCCAACCGACCGGUUUCGCCCUCCAAAAGGGCGAAACAAAAGUACUCCACGCGCCAUCGUCAUGGGGCGGCCGGUUUUGGGGCCGCACCCACUGCGCCGAAGAUUCCGACGGUAAAUUCACCUGCGCCACCGGCGACUGUGGCUCCGGCACAAUGGAAUGCUCCGGCGCCGGCGCCUCCCCUCCGGCGACACUAGCUGAAUUCACCCUCGACGGUGACGGCGGAAUGGAUUUUUUUGAUGUGAGUUUGGUGGACGGAUAUAACCUUCCUAUGCUGGUGGCCCCCACCGGUGGGUCGGGACAUAAUUGUACUUAUACGGGGUGUAUGGUGGAUUUGAACGGCGCGUGUCCGUCGGCGUUGAAGGUGAUGAACGCUGAUGGAGAAGGGGUCGCGUGUAAAAGCGCGUGUGAGGCGUUUGGGGAUCAGGAGUAUUGUUGUAGUGGCUCAUAUGGUACGCCUGAUACGUGUAAACCGUCGUCGUACUCGCAGUUGUUUAAGACGGCUUGUCCACGCGCUUAUAGUUAUGCGUAUGAUGAUAAAACUAGUACGUUUACCUGCACCGGUGCUGAUUAUCAGGUCACGUUUUGCCCUCCGUCGACAACCAGCAAGAAAUCAACGGAGGAGCAAGCAACUCCAGCGACACCGCAGCUCAACACUGGUAUGGUAUACGAAGGCGCCGAUCAAAUGGAAAACCACGCCGCUCCAUGGUACACCCACAUUCAAGGGGUCAUCAUGGCGGUAGUUAUGGUGGUUGCAUUGUUAUGAGCAUGGCCUUUCGGGUUGUGUCGGCACCAUCCAAAUGGAUCAUUUUAUCGGGUCUAACUGUGGGACCCAUUUUCUUAUCACAUUCAUAUUCUCGACCCAAUUGAGUCCAAAUGUGACGUGGAUUUUAGUCAUCUUAAAAAGCGACCCCCCACCAAAAACCUCACUUUAUGCUUCCGGAUCCUGUUUCCUUUUCGGAUUCGACCCAAAAAAACAAUAUUAUCUUUCGAGAGUAUUUUUAGAUGCAUUAUUGAGUUGUACGGUACAAUAUAGGAAUUAGUGGCGGAUUUUUUUUUUUUAAUAUUUUUUUAUAAUUUUAGAUGCUAGUUAAUAGGUAUAAAUUCUUUGUGGAGCUAUUAGGUGUACUGAUGCAACAUGUGACCCACUCUAUUUAGUGGGAAAAUAAUGAAAGAAUAUUAUAAUCUAUUUUUAUUUUUC